AUGUUCGCUGCUCGUCGUCUCGCUACUCGUGUCCCUCGUGUCCCUCGCGCCGGUGUCGCGCCCUUCCACAGCACCGCGCCCGCCUUCGUUCAAAAGGGCGACGCCAUCCCCAACAUUGACCUAGUCGAGAACUCCCCCGGUAACAAGGUCAACCUCGCCAAGGAGCUUUCAGGCAAGGGUGUCAUCGUCGGUGUCCCAGCAGCAUUCAGCCCCGCCUGCUCGGCCAGCCACAUCCCCGGCUACAUCAAUCACCCCAAGCUCAAGGAAGCCGGCCCGGUCUUUGUGGUGGCCGUGAACGACCCCUUUGUAACCAAGGCGUGGGCCGACUCCCUUGAUCCCCAGGCCAAGUCUGGUGUCCGCUUCCUGGGCGACCCCUCCGGCCAGUUCACCGAGGCGCUUGACCUGAGCUUCGACAGCGCCGCCAUCUUCGGUAACAACCGCAGCAAGCGUUAUGCAUUGCUGGUGGAGAACGGCAAGGUGAAGGAGGCUUUCGUGGAACCCGACAACAUCGGUCUGAACGUCUCCGCCGCCGAGAAGGUGCUCGUUUAG